AUGACGUUCACUGCAAACUCAGACCUCGACUUGCUCUUUGAUCCGAAAUGGUUGGCCGAGAAUCCGGAGCUGGGAUCAGACUUGCACAUCCGACCACUGUCUAAGACCGAUUAUGAGCGAGAUCACCUCAAGCUACUGGCCGGCUUGACUUCUGCUCCCGACACUGGCCUGACCGAUUAUCAAGCCAGGUUUGAGCUCCUACGAGAUGUCAACAAGGCCACCCCGGGUAGGCCGAGUUACUGUAUAAUCUGUAUAGUUCGCAAGUCGGACGAUAGACUCGUCGCAUCCGGGACCCUCCUCUUGGAACAUAAAUUUCUUCGCGCUUGUGGAAGUGUUGGUCAUAUCGAAGACAUCGUAGUCGAUCCGGACGUCCGGGGGAAGAGCUUGGGCAAACAAAUCAUCAAGUCAUUGACCGAGACCAGCGAGAAGUUGGGCGCAUACAAAACCAUAUUGGAUUGUAAUAAGGACAAUAUCCCUUUCUAUGAAAAGUGCGGGUUUCAACACAAAGAGUAUGAGAUGGUUAGGUACACCCCUGAAGAAAUCGUUGCCCGUUACAAAAAGAACUUCUAG